AUUAUUACAGCAGCCAUUUUCGUCGGUCCCAGUUACAUAAAUUUUCGUUUGAGGAAAUAUAGAUAUAUAUCGACAAAAUGGCGGAAGCAGAGGCCCAACAAAUGGAAGAGAAGAUGGGUGGAGAUGAAACUAAGGAGACUGAGCAAUCUCAGGAACCAAUGACAAUAACAAUUGAUGACACUGAAAUUCCUCAAGAAUCACCUAUGUCUCCCGAACAGGAAGCAGCACCAGUUCGUGAAAUUCAUAUUUUGGAAACACCUUCUGACAUUAGAAACAGAAGAGAACAAGUUUUAAACAGAUACGAAGCCUUUAAAGAUGCAAGCUCUGCUAAAAGACAAAGAUUGGAAGAUGCCAAACAAUUUCUUCUCUUUAAGAACGAAGCCGAUGAAUUGGAGCUUUGGAUUCAAGAUAAGUUAAAGACUGCAUCAGAUGACAGUUAUAAAGAUCCAACAAAUUUGCAAGCUAAAUUACAGAGGCAUUCGGCUUUUGAGGAUGAAAUAAAUGCUCAUAAACACACAUUGGAUGAAUUGGAUAAUGAUGGAGGUGCAAUGAUAAAUAAUCAGCAUUACAAAGCUGAAGAUAUUCAGAAAAUUUUGGAUAAUUUACACAACCUAUGGGAUGCAUUAAUGAAGAAAUCGGAAGAGAAACGUGGAAAAUUAGAAGAUGCACUAAAAUUACUGCAAUUUAUGAGAGAAUAUGAUGAAGUCAUGUAUUGGAUGAAUGAUCGGGAAAAGCAAUUGACAACUACAGAUUUUGGCAGUGAUUUAGAGCAAGUUGAAAUGCUUCAAAAGAAAUUUGACGAAUUACAAAAAGAUUUAAACAAUCACGAACCUCGCAUUGAAGAGGUUGAUAAAAAGGGCAAAGUGCUGAUUGAUGAUGAUCACCACGACAAGGAAUUAGUCGCCGAAAAGUUAGCUGCUAUGCAUGAUGCAUGGGAUGAGCUUAAAGAUCUAGCAUUGAAAAGACAAGACAAGUUGGGCGGAGCCCAUGAAAUUCAAAGAUACAAACACAAUGUAGAUGAAACUUUAGCUUGGAUUGCUGAGAAAGACAAUGCGGUAACAUCUGAUGAUUAUGGUAGCGAUUUACCGACAGUUCAAGCCUUACAACGUAAACAUGAAGUAAUUGAAAGAGACUUGGAUGCUCUAGAUAAAAGGGUUCAACAAGUUAAUAGCGAAGCUAAUCGUUUGGCUGAAAAUCAUCCUGAUGAUGCUGAUGACAUCAGAGCCAAGCAAGAAAGAGUUGUUAACAACUGGAAUGAUUUAAAGGAUAAGGCGGACGACAGAAAAAAGAAUUUGGAGAACGCUUAUUUUUUAAAUAGAUUUUUGUCCGAUUUCAGAGAAUUAAUGUUGUGGAUGGGUGAUAUGACAACCCAGAUUACCGCCGAUGAUUUGGCAAAAGAUGUUGGUGGAGCAGAAGCUUUACUUGAAAGACAUCAGGAACACAAAGGCGAAAUGGAUGCUCGUGAAGAUGCAUUUAAGACCACUGCCGCUUCUGGACAGAAAUUGUUGGAGUUGGAUAAUUACGCAAAUGAAGACGAUGUUAGAGAUAAACUAGUUGAACUGGCCGAAUCCAAAACAAAACUAACAAAACUUUGGGAAGAGAGAAAAGUUUUGUAUGAACAGUGCAUGGAUUUACAAUUAUACUACAGAGAUACUGAUCAAACUUCUACAUGGCUUGCUAAACAGGAAUCUUUCUUACACAACAACGAUCUGGGAGAUUCCUUAGAUUCUGUUGAAAGUUUAAUUAAGAAACAUGAAGAUUUUGAAAAAACUCUAGCUGCCCAAGAUGACAAAAUCAAGGCUCUUGAUGAAUUCGCAACAAAGCUCAUCGAAAAUGAGCAUUAUGCUAAGGCAGAUGUUGAUGAAAGACGUCGUCAGCUUUUGGAAAGACGUGAUAAGCUGAUUUUCAAUUCUAAGACGCGCAGAACAAAGUUAAAUGAGUCUCACUGCUAUCAAAUGUUUGAACGUGAUUGCGAUGAAAUUAAUAUUUGGAUGAGAGAAAAACUAAAAGUUGCAUCUGAACAAAACUAUUUGGAUCCAACAAAUAUUCAAGGAAAACUACAAAAGCAUUCUAACUUUGAGGCUGAACUUCAAGCUAAUAAACUUAGAAUUGAUAAAGUAAAAGAUGAUGGCCAAAAGUUAGUUGAUGAUGAUCAUUUUGCCUCUCCUCAAGUUAAAGAUAGAAUGACUGAAGUUCAAAAUCUCUGGGAUCAACUGAUCGAAGUUACUGAGCGUAAAGGGUCGAAACUACAAGAAGCUAAUGAACAACAGCAAUUUAAUAGAACUGUUGAAGAUGUGGAGGUCUGGCUAUCAGAGGUUGAAGGACAACUAAUGAGUGAAGAUUUUGGAAAAGACCUACCAAGUGUACAAAAUCUUCAGAAAAAGCAUCAAAUUCUUGAAUCCGAUAUUGGAGCUCAUCAAGAAAGAAUAGACCAAAUUAGAGCUUCCAGUGCCAAGUUUCAAGAACAAGGUCACUUCGAUCUUGAUAAUAUUAAAGCUAGAGAAUCCAGUGCCAUUGGCCGGUACGAGAAACUCUCCGAACCAUUAAACAAACGUGGAAGUAAACUACAAGACGCUCUGCGAUUGCAACAGUUCUACAGAGAUUGCGCUGAUGAAGAGGAGUGGAUAAAAGAAAAACAACCGUUAGCCGCCUCCAAGAAUUACGGACGCGAUCUGAUAGGUGUUCAAAACUUACAAAAAAAGCAUCAAGCUCUCGCUUUGGAAUUAAGUGGACAUGAAUCGAGACUUCAAUCAGUACUUAAUGAGGGUCGUAAGAUGAUGGAUGAAGAACACUUUGCUAAAAAAGAUAUUGCAGAGAGAAUCAGAGAAUUAGAAAAGCUUUGGGAUACUUUGAAAACAAAAGCUGAAGACAGGAACAAAACUUUAGAUGACUCCUUCCAAGCCCAACAGUAUAUGGCGGAAGCUAAUGAAGCUGAAAGCUGGAUGAGAGAGAAAGAACCAAUUGUCGGAUCGAAAGAGUAUGGAAGAGAUGAAGAUGCCGCUGAAGCACUGCUCAAGAAGCACGAAGCUCUUAUGUCAGAUAUCGAUGCUUAUGGCACCGUUAUCGAAGGCCUAAGAGAACAAGCUAAUGAAUGCAAAGACACAGCAGUUGUUGUUGAUGAACCCAACAAAGAGAUGGUUGUAGCAAUAUACGAUUAUCAAGAGAAAUCACCUCGUGAAGUAUCAAUGAAAAGAGGAGAUCAGUUAGUUCUUUUGAAUGAAACAAAUGACGAUUGGUGGAAGGUUGAAUUAAACGAUCGUCAAGGAUUUGUCCCUGCUAGCUAUGUCAAGAAAAUAGAGCCAUCUUUGGCUGCACAACAGCAAGCUGACGAGUAUUCCAUACCCUCCCGUCAAUCGCAAUUGGAGAAGCAGUAUGACCAGUUGAAGCAAAAUGGUUCUCAGCGUCGUGACAAAUUGCAAAUGCACUGCGAAGCUUAUGAAACACAUAGAAAUGCUGCGGAACUUAUGCAAUGGUUAGACACCAAAAAGAAAGAUGUUGAAGAAAAAGAAAUUCAGCCUGAUGUUGCUAACCUAGACAUGAGCGAAAAAGAACAAAUGCAAAUCAGUGACAUUCAGAAGGAAAUGAAAAAUAAAGAAGCUCGCUUAUACGAGCUGAACCAAAUAAGAGAAAAAUUGACGGCUAAAGGAGAAACUGAAGCAGCCGAAAGAAUUAGAAUUCAAAUUGAAGACUUAAAUGCCCGAUGGGCAGGUCUUCAAACUAUCACAGCUGAGAGAGCUGAAACGCUCGGAACAACCUACCAAGUUCAAAGAUAUCACAGAGAUGUCAAUGAAACCAUGGAUUGGAUUAGUGACAAACAGAAUGCUGUUGCAGUCGAAAAUGUUGGGCAUGACUUGGCCAGUGUUCAAAGACUACAAAGAAAACACGAAGGAGUUGAAAGAGAUCUAGUUGCCUUGGGUGAUAAGGUGAAAGAGUUAGAUGAAACAGCUAAAACUCUUAUGAACUCUCAUCCUGAUCAAGUUGAUGCAAUCUACGAACAUCAACGAGAACUAAAUGAGAAAUGGAAUGAACUUACCGUUAAAGCUGGAGAGAGAAAGAACAAAUUAGCCGAUUCUUAUGACUUACAAAACUUUAUGAGCGUUGGAAACGAUUUAUUGUCUUGGAUAGAGCAGAUGAUGGUACAAGUCUCCAGUGAAGAUCUAGCCAAAGACGUUACAGGAGCUGAAGCUUUGGUAGAAAGACACCAAGAGCAUAAAAUGGAAAUAGAUGCAAGAGCACCGUUGUUCCAAAGCUUUGAGGAUUUCGGAGCUAAACUAAUCGAGAAUGAGCAUUACGCUAAAGAAAAUGUUGUUGAAAAACUGGAUGAGGUAGCCAAUGCCAGAAAAGCUCUCGAUGACGCAUACAAAAUUCGUCGGGCUAAAUUAGAUCAAUGCCUCGAGAUGCAGCAUUUUAUUCGUGACUGUGAACAAGCUGAAACUUGGAUGGCAGCUAGAGAAUCAUCUCUUCAUCAAACUGAUGAAGAAGGCAGAGAUUCUGUUGAUAGCUUGCUGAAGAAACACGAUGAUUUUGACAGAGCUAUUGCAACUCAAGAGGAAAAAAUUAAUUCUCUCCAGGCUUUUGCUGAUGAAUUGAAACAGAAUGACCAUUAUGAUACCAGUGGCAUUGAGCAGAGAUGUCAAGAUGUUUUGGAAAGAUGGCAACUUUUAAAGAAUGACAUGUUGGAAUCAAAGUCCAAACUAGGAGAGGCUCAAAAUAUGCAACAAUUAUCAACUGAUAUUGAUCAAAUGGAAAUGGUUUUGAUGGAAAAGCUUCAGGCUGUUCAAGACGAAUCAUACAAGGAGCCAUCUCAUAUACCUACACAACACAGAAAACAUCAAGCAGUUGUGGCUGAAAUCGAUGCCAACAAAGACAGACUUCAACAAACCGUUGUCGCUGCUGAAAAAAUGAUUGAUAAAGGAAAGUGCUCUGGUACCGAAGAUCUUAUCAGACAGAGAAUUACAAAACUGGUUGAAGAAUGGAAAGUUUUAACUGAAAAAUCUCGAGUAAAGAGUGAAAAGUUACAAGCUCUUAAUCAGCAAAGAAUGUACACAGCUGGAGUUAAGGACAUAGAAUUCUGGUUAGGAGAAGUUGAGCACAUGCUGAAAAAUGAUGAUUAUGGUAGAGAUCUUGCAACUGUGGAAAAUUUGGUUAAGAAACAUAAGAUGCUUGAUGCCGAUGUUAAUGCACAUGAAGACAGAGUAAAGGAUUUGAAUGAGCAAGCUAACGUUUUCCUACAAUCUGAUGAAGUUGACAAUCGGGAAGAAAUUCAAAAUACCAUCACCUCUAUUAAUGAUCGAUUCCAAAACGUCAAAGAACUGUGUCAGAAUAGAAAGGAAAAAUUGGAAGAAGCUUUCACUUUGCACCAAUUUCUUAGAGAUAUUGAUGAUGAGGAAUCAUGGAUUAAGGAAAAGAAACUACUUGCUACUCAAAGCGAAUAUGGGCGCGAUCUUACUGGGGUAAGAAACUGGAGAAAGAAGCACAAGCGUUUAGAGGCUGAGUUGAGUGGACAUGAAAAACAAAUCAAUGAAGUUCAUGAGGCGGGUGAAAAACUUAUGGAAAAAUCGAACCUCAUGACUGAUGGUAUGGAGAAAAGAUUGCGAGAAUUAGAUGAGGCUUGGAAUGAACUUAAAGAAUUGGCUAAUGAGAGAGAUAGAAAACUGAAAGAAAGCUUAAUAUUUCAAGAAUUGUUGGCUAAUAUGGAAGAGGAAGAAGCAUGGAUUACUGAAAAACAGCAUCUCCUGUCAACUGAGGAUAAGGAUGUUUCGAAAGAUGAAGAUCGUACAACCUUGGCAGCCGUACAAGGCUUGUUGAAAAAGCACGAAACCUUCGAAACUGACUCUAAAAUCCAUAAAGAUCGAUGCCAUGAAAUCAUUGAAGAAGGAGAAAAGCUGAUCAAUGAUGGUAAUCAUAACGCUGAGGCUAUCCGCACUAGGUGUGAAAACCUUCAAACGAAAAUUGAGCAGUUGGAAAGUACUGCAAAAUUAAGAAAGACAAGACUGAUAGAUGACUCUGCCUAUUUACAAUUUCUAUGGAAAACUGAUGUAGUGGAAAGCUGGAUAAAAGAUAAGGAGACUCAAGUUGGUUCUGAAGAUUAUGGAAGAGAUCUGUCUUCCGUACAAACUCUUCUAACCAAACAGGAAACUUUCGAUGCAGGUUUGCAAGCUUUCGAGAAGGAGGGAAUCCAAACUAUUACAACUCUAAAAGAUCAGCUAGUAGAAGCAAAUCAUACUCAAACAAUCUCUAUUGAAAAGAGAUACGAAGAAGUUAUAAAACGUUGGAAACAACUUCUUAGCGAUUCUGAUGCUCGAAAGCAAAGAUUGCUUAAACUAGCAGAACAAUACAAACAAGUUGAAGACUUGUAUUUAACUUUCGCAAAGAAAUCUUCGGCAUUCAGUUCGUGGUUCGAAAACGCUGAAGAAGAUUUAACAGAUCCAGUUAGAUGUAAUAGCAUUGAGGAAAUAAAAAUUCUUCGUCAAGCUCAUAAACAAUUUAAGGACAGCCUUUCUGCUGCCGAACGCGACUUUCAAGCUCUGGUGGAUCUUGAUGGACAAAUCAAGUCUUAUGGCGUUGGGGCCAAUCCUUACACUUGGUUCACUAUGCAAGCAAUGGAAGAUACUUGGAAUAACUUGCAAAAAAUCAUUAAAGACCGCGACAAUGAAUUAGAAAAAGAGCAAACUAGGCAAAUAGAAAAUGAUGACCUACGUAGAAAAUUUGCGGAGGAGGCCAACCAGUUCCACAAAUGGUUGACAGACACAAGGUUAUUUUCUAUUAUUUUCAUGACAUAUUUAUACAAAAAAAAUAACGUUGGUGGUGAUAAAUGAUCAAGGGACUUUUCAUAUCGAAAAAUAUGUACAUUUUUUCAGAACUGAAUUACUUUAUUGGAAAGGGUUAAUAUUAUUAGUGAUGACUAACAUAUUAACAGUUUUCGUUUUAUUUAAUUAAAAUGAAAAAAGGACUGAGAAAAUAUUCGAUACUAUUUCAAAACUAUUUGAACUAUAUUUUUUUCUUUAAUUAAUCAAAGAGCAUUGCAUGUUGAAAAAAUGUGAUGUGCUAGAGUUUUUCAUUCUCUUCUCAUGAUGAAAACUUUAUUAAUUUGUAAAUUCAAUUUUAGAUCGGCAAUGAUGGAAUGCACCGGAACACUUAAAGAACAAUUGGAAGCUACUAAACAGACGGCUGCUGAUGUCAGAGCUCAGAGAAGUCAACUUAAGCGAUUGGAAGAUCUCGGUCAAAUGAUGGAGGAACGACUCAUUUUGGAUAAUCGUUAUACAGAACAUUCAACAGUGGGGCUUGCCCAACAAUGGGAUCAACUAGACCAAUUGGGUAUGAGAAUGCAAAACAACUUACACCAACAAAUUCAAGCUUGCGACCAACAUGGAGUUUCUGAAGAUGCUCUACGAGACUGCAUGAUGUUAUUUAAACAUUUCGACAAAGACAAGUCUGGAAAAUUGAGUCAUCAAGAAUUGAAAUCGUGUCUUAGAGCGCACGGUUAUAACAUUAAUGUUGCCGAAGAAGGUGAAGUUGAUCCUGAGUUUGAAGCUAUUCUAAAUAGAGUAGAUCCUAACCGUGAUGGAUAUAUUUCAUUGCAAGGUUUUAUUACCUUUAUUAUUGAACGAGAAACGGAGAAUGUUCAAUCUGCCGAAGAUGUUCUUAAGGCCUUUAAAGCUUUAACCUCCUCCGAUAAACCUUUCAUUACUUCGAAGGAAUUAUACUCGAAUUUAACACACGAGCAAGCUUCAUAUUGCCGUCAACAUAUGAGGCUAUACGUCGAUCCAAGAACUGGAGAGCCGAUUCCCGACCAUUACGACUUCGAAGAUUUCACUAGAAGUUUAUAUAUUCAAUAGUGCACCUAUUUUUUGUUAAUGCCCAUAUCUGAUUGGUGGCUUUUGUAGAAUGUAGUAGAGGUUUUUUUUAGCUGCUGCUUUUUCUGGAUUUCUAGCCUUUAAUAAUAUAAUGAUACGCUUAUGAAUGAUGACAGUACUUGGUGUUAUAUUUUUUACUUAGUUUAGUCUUUUAAGAUUUUCUUUGAAGGUUGUACAAAUUCCCUUUAAAGACACUGACAUUUUAGAAUGUUGAAGUUUACUGGUAUCUAGAUAAUUGCAAACAUAUUUUUUAUUGAAGCUUUCGAGAACAUUACCUAGAGCAAUCAAUGACAAAAUUACCUUGGAUAUGUUUAUAUUCACUAGGAGAGAAGAAUCAAAAGUACUAAUUGCAUUUCACCUAGAUGUAAAAUUAACAUACUGCACUCAGAUAUUAUACUUUCCAAUAUUAUUAAAUUAUCUUAAUCUAAGAUACACGUCUGCCUUAUUACACUGAUAUAUUUUCUGAAUAUGUAUCGUUUUCUGUAAAGUAUAAAUUUAAAAUAUCUCCUUUUAUUCGUGUGUCGUUUUAACUAAUUUAAAAUCUUUCAACCAAUUGCUUUUUAUAAUUAACCGUAUAAACCUUUUAUAAUAUAUCAUGAUUUUAAAGAACAUGUCAUCACACUGUGCAAGUCACGGCCACGUGCCUGUGCAAUUCAGUUUAUACCGAAUAAAUUGACUUUCUUGAAGCCUAUAUGACAUUUUUGUAAAUAGGUUUAUCUUCUGAGAAUCAGUUUUAUUAGGUUUAUAAUCUUUUAUCAAGUGUUUCCCCUACUUAUUUACCUCCUUGUUAUUUUAAACCUACACAUUGCAUCAGCAAUACUGACAGAG